AUGCAACUGCCUUUUAAAAAAAAUUAUGACGAAACAAAAGAAACAGAGAUUAAUAUCUCUUUAACAAAAAAUAAUGAAAAUCAAAUAGGAUAUGAAAAAACAGAAAAACAAUUAAAUACAUGUGCGAGUAGCGUUCAAGAAGUGCUACAAAUAAAAUCAGAAAUUUAUGAUAACAUUCUUAAUAUGUACAAUAAAGAAACAAAAUCUUCUGAACAUAAUCACAAAAGUAAAUCAAAUAUUGGAGAUAAUUAUUUUAAUGAUCAAGAAAAUGAACAUACGUCAAUAUUUUAUCAACAUAGUUUAAAAAACCAAAAAAAAGAUUACCAGGAUUAUAUUCUAGAUGAAGAAAUAUUCAAUGAAAAUUUAGAAAAUAAAGAUCCAUAUGAUGAAAAUAUUUAUCAACAGGAAGAAAAAAUAUAUACAGACCAAUACGAAUAUAACAAAAUUCAUGAUGACAAAAUAGAGGAAGUCAAAAAUGAAAAUGUAUUGAACCAAAAUAAUACAAACCAAUCUAAAAUAAUAAAAAAAAAUAAAAUAAAAUUAAGUAAAACAUCUGAUCAGAUGAAAAAUUAUUCCACAAAUGAUAUAACUCACGAGGAUAUAAUUCUAGAUAUAUAUAAAAACACCAUAGAACAUAAAAAGACAAACUUUUUGUGUUUAGAAGAAAUUUUAAAAAACAUUAAUUUAAUAUUAAAAAAGCAAAUUGACCUUAAUAAUAGUAACGAGACUGAAAAAUCGGAGAGGCACAUAUUAUUAAAAAAUAUUUACCAA